ACUUGGUGAGAAACAACGGUUGCGAGGUUCGCAGGACUCUUCCAUCGUCUGCUGCGGUAUCUCCUCGCUUUCAUGAGAAGGCUUCUCUCUCUUUCUUCAUACACCCUCCUUACACGUCGCUCUUUACGUCUCACCAAAUAACUCACCAACGAUGAAGCUCCAUUUCAUCCUAGUGGUGCUGACUACACUUAUCGUCACUUCCGACGCUCUCAAAUUUCCAGUACGGAAAGUUAAACGUUCUUCCCUCCAAAAAAGGGCAUCUGGGAACGUUACCACGUCCACGAAUGAUACUAUCAGCACUGUGUCAGACCUCAUUUACAUUUCCGAUAUCACUGUUGGAGGCGUCGAAUAUCCUAUACAAUUGGACACUGGAUCUUCUGACCUUUGGAUCAAAGGCACUUCCUCACCAUUGCCAAAUUCUUCACAAACUUCUACCACGUACAAUAUCACCUAUGGUAUUGGUUGGGCCUAUGGCACAGUGUCUUAUGCGAGUGUAGGAUUUGCAGGCAUCAACAUUACAACCCAAGCAUACCUGGACACCUCAUCAGCAAGCAAUCCUGCAUUGAGUUAUGGCGCUGAUGGGAUUGCUGGUUUAGGGUUCACCAGUCUCUCUACCAUCGAUGCUCUUGUGAACAAUUCAGAUUCUUCGAGUGGUAGAAGCUUGUUAUACAAUUUGUUCAUGCAAAACCCUUCCGAACCCAACUUUAUUGCAUUCGCCCUUGAACGCAGCUCUGACGACGAUGCUGACAGCGAUGAUGUUGAAGGGAGUUUUAGUAUAGGUGAAUAUGACCCUGCGUACACCGCAGUCGCGAACAAAACUUCAAUUCCUACUUGGCCAAUCGUUUCGCCGACACGGUGGAGUGUUUUACUAGAGGCAUACAUGAUUGGCUCGGAUACACUCAGUCCUACCACUCAAGUUGCAGACGUGCCUUCAAACAGAGCUGUAGUAGUUCUUGAUACCGGUACCUCGUGGUCCUAUGUUCCUUCAGAUGUGUGCGAAAUCAUUUAUAGUGGGAUUACCGGCGCACAAUAUAGCUCUGAUAUCGGGCAGUGGGUAUUACCAUGUGAUGCAGAAAUUGACAUGGCUCUUCAACUUGGUGGUCAAAUCUUCCCUCUCCAUCCUCUUGAUAUCAACAUCAAGAAUUCGGCCGAUUCCUCUACAUGCCUUGGAACCUUUGUUCCGACUUCUUUCGCCGGCGAUGACUUUGACUGGCUACUCGGUGACAACGUGCUUCGCGCUAUGUACUCCGUCUAUGAUUUUGGGGACUUCAAUUCUAAUGGAGAGAUGAUUGAUCCUUUCCUCAAAUUGCUAUCCCUUGUUGAUCCCAACGAGGCAUCGGGAGAUUUCGUUAAAGCUCGCGGUGGUACUGCUAAAACUGGAAUCACAUACAAUGAAUCCAAUGCCACUGCUAGUACUGCCUCUGUCACGUCCGUGGAUCUAUCUACUGAAGUAGCGGAAACAUUGGCCAAAAUCGGAACCUACUUUCCCGUUAUUUUGGCUAUCGUUGCACUCAACGCCCUCGUGCUUCUUGCCCUUACUAUCGUGGGAAUCAUUAUACUUUGCAAGAGGACCAAAAAGAACAAGAGGCAGCGUAUCAUGGAUGUGAGAACUCGUGCUCCGAUGGGUAGGAUGAGUCCUAUGCCUUUGAACAGCCGAGACAGUGCUGCCACUACGGAGCCACAUACCUACGAACCGAUCUCUAUGGCGUUGACAGAAGAUACAAUGUUUGUUCCACCCUCGCCUCAUUUCAAGAAGUACAAUGGUUCAAUUAGGAGCGGAAAGGGAGCUGAUAGGCCUUCAAGCCUCGCAACUCUACCCUCGCAGCGUAGCUUUCAUCAGGAUGGCACUCCUGAAGAUGCAUUGUUCGGCCCUCCAUCACCUGGCUUCCGGGAUUUUUCUGACGACCGCCCAAGAAGCAUGGGGAUGCCGUCGAACAAUCCUUAUCAACCGUUUGUGGCUGGGGCUCCUGCGAGCCAAGCACAUGGUCCAGAGGAUCCGCUAUUUGUUCCCCCCCGCUCUCCAAUGCGAUCUUCGCAUUUCGACCGCCAACCGAGCACGAGUUCCACUAUUGCAGGUCCGAGUGGACUUGGUAGCCCUCAAUCAACGCAGAUGCUAGAUGAGCCAUUUACGCCUCCUCGGGCGAGAUUCCAAUAUGACGCAAAGACUAUCGACCGACCAAUCAGUAUGGGAAAUACACCUCCGCCCAUGCCAACUCCUCAGCACGAAGCUCAUCCUUUAGAGGAGGAUAUUACAAUGACACCUAACCCUGCUUUCAUGAGGGCACAUGCAGGAGAGGGUUCAUCGGGAGACCGACCGAUGAGCGUUGCUUGAGUUCUUAGUUCGCUCAGUUGUUAUGGACCUAUAUCUCUCCAUGUUUUCGUGUACCUUUACUGCGCAUCUGGUCAUUUACUUCAUAUAUCCUGCUUUGAUCAUUUUCCUUUAAAGUUAUAAUCGAAUUCGGACUCUUUUUUUUCAUUCACCUUCAUCUCGCACAGCAUGAUGUUCUUUUUUGGGGGUCUACAGAGACCGAUAUGUCCUGGAUACGUCUUUCUCGGACUCAUUUGAUAGGAAUGCAAUAGGUAGAGUAAGUAGUGUUUUAAUAAAAGGGCU